AUGGGUGAUGUUGAAAAAGGCAAGAAGCUCUUUAUUCAGAAAUGUUCUCAGUGCCACACAGUUGAAAAAGGUGGAAAGCACAAGACAGGCCCAAAUCUUUGGGGGUUAUUUGGCCGCAAAACAGGACAAGCUGCAGGAUUUUCUUUCUCAGAUUCUAACAAGAACAAAGGUGUUACCUGGAGUGAAAGUACACUGAUGGAGUAUUUGGAAAACCCCAAGAAAUACAUUCCUGGAACAAAAAUGAUGUUUGCUGGCAUUAAAAAGCAGAAUGAGAGAGCUGAUCUUAUUGCAUACUUGAAAAAAGCAACCUCCUCCUGAAACACUGCAGCAUCAGCUGUAGUGUCAGUGAAAAAUGUUUUGAAGUUUGACUAACUCUUAUUUCAAGUGUUAGUUUUUUGAUGUUAAUUGUUCAUUAGGGAUUGGCCUUAGCAAAAUCAAAUAAAGGUAUGUUUUAAGAUGCUAAGUUUUAAGAUGCUAAGUCCUCCUAAUAAACAAAA